UUUUUGACAUUUUGAUGCGCCCGUGUCAUCGUCGCAGCUUACACGUCGUCGAUUUAAAUUUAUUUACCCUAAAAUUCGUCUACAGUAUCAGUAUUGUGUAUGAUAAUUAUUAGUAUCUUUUUCGGCUCGUCAAUUAACCAUGUCGUCUACUGAAGAAACGUCCCAACUGAAGGCUGGGCAUCCUCCAGCAGUGAAAGCCGGUGGUAUGAGAAUCACACAAAACAAGACACCUCACUCUAAAGAAACUGGCAAAGAACCAGCGAAUGAGGACCUGACUGGCCUCUCCGGACCGUCUCCAGUCCCAUCGAACCCUGUGUCUAUAUCUGGUGCUCCAAACCGAGGCAAUGCAGACUUUACACCCGAGGCUGCUCAGGUGGCCCAUAGUCCAAAGCCUCCAGUACAUGUCAAUAUAAGGCCGAACGUUAACAUCCAACAGCCCAGGAAGUAGACAUUUUAUAAUCGGAUUAGAGGCAUAUCAUCAACUGGUGUACAUCAGGUGUUGUAGCAAAAUAGGUAUUUUAAGAUUUGGAAAUCGAAAAAUUUUUUUAAAUAAAGCUGGCGACUCCAUUGUAAAGUUUGAAAUUACAGAAAUUAAAGCAGUUGUACACACAAACCUACUAUACGUAGGACACGCAUUUUGUCAUACUUUUUUUACUGCACACUGAAAAUCAGUGGCAAAAUCCAUAAUUAUUAUGAUGAUGUCAUUCAAAUUGCAAACAUUAGCUCGAAUUAAAUUUGAGUCAUCUCCAUUGUGUUCAGUAAAAAACUUUGCAAGGCCUUAUCAAAAUUAUUAUGUAAUAAAUAGCUCUUAUUUUUCUGAAAAUAAUGUGCAAAUUCAGGGGAGGCUUAAUUAGAUCAUGGCGAAUAUUCAAAUUCCGUCCCGUAAUUUGCAAUUAAUUAAAAUAAACACCUGAUAUACACUUCAUGCCUGCUUUAUUGCAAUUUACCAGAUUGCUUGUAAGUGAUAUUGUACAUUGUAAGGUGAGAAGUUAACUUAUUGUUAGUAACUAUAAUACUGGCAACUUAUUUCUCAACUAACCUUGGAUUUUAUUGCUAUAGAAAUGAUUGGACUGUUGUUAAACACUCAAUUAUUUUCUUUUUAUUACAUAAAUACAUUUAUUAAGUACUAACAUAAAAAUAUAGCUUUCUACUAUAAAUACAUACAUAAUAAUUGUAUAUUGUAGUUACUUGAUAGGACUUCAGUGAAAUAAGUUUCCAGAAAGCUUAUUAUUAUAACAUUGAAAAAUAAUGAGUAAUGUUUUUUUUAACUAAACAGCUAUAAAUACUGGCAUAAAAGUUAUAUAAUUGUUAAAAUUUUGUACUUAAAUUUUAAUUGGACUAGCAAUAAUUUAAACAUUAAGUUUUGAAUUGAAAUUGUUUUAAAUUGUUUUGAAUAUUAUAAUCUGUUGGAUUUAUUUGAAAGUUUUAUGAUAUAACUACAUUUAUUUGGUGCUAACGAGCGAGAAUAACAAUAGCAUUUGUUCACAUUCCCAAAAUAAACAUUCAUUUUCAAGUGGUCAUCUUAUAAACAUGUACAAGGGACCAUAUUUUUUAUAGUUAUUAUUUUUCUUCUAGUUAUUUUUAAAUAAAUGAUUUUAAUUGAA